GCUGCGCGCGCAUCACUGCAUUUCUCGCCAAUAGUAGUAGUCAGUUAACGAAUGUGAAGUAAAGAGAGUACAUGUAUGUUAGUCGAUGAGAGAAGAUAGAAAGUUAAUAUUUGCAGUAUUAUCAAACAUUUGUUAUAAAUAUUGGAUUUAUUUAGAUAUAAAAUGGAUUUAACACAGAGAACUUCAUGUUUUCUACACGAAGCGGGAUAAGUGAAUAUAUUGUAUAUAUUUUGGAGUAUUAUACGUAAGAACUUAAUAACGGAUUGAGGAAGUGUGGAAUCUAAGGAAAGAAUUGUGAUGUUGCAGAAGUAAUAGUGUAUUUACUAAGCAGUGGAAAUAAUUUUACAAACAUGAUGCCGGGAUUUGUAACGUGUGGAAUAUUUACAAUGAAUUGUUGGAGUGCUUUAAGUGUGCUCAUCAUAUGUGCGCUUUUAGGACUCGGGACCACGGCUCCAACAUGCCCAGCGGUGUGCUUUUGUCCAUCUCUGUCUAGAAUAGUGUAUUGCCCUAGAAAGGGACUGCCUUUUAUUCCCAGUGGAAUACCGCGAGAUACAAUCCAGCUUAAUCUUAAUGACAAUACGUUCUCUAACCCGAAUAUUAGCAAAGAAAACUUCACGUUAUAUGGGGAUCUUGAACAGUUAUAUUUGACAGGGUGUGGUAUUGAGCAUAUAGCACCGGAUACGUUUGUAAACAAUAAAAACCUGAAAUGGUUAGACAUUGGAAAGAACAAGCUGAAAACAAUCUAUGACUAUACUUUUAGGGACUUGACCCUUGAUCAUUUAUUCCUCAAUGAUAAUCCAGGGGUCGUGAUCAGGACGAUGGCGUUCUCGGGGUUAAAGACUACUGGACUGUACAUGCAAAACAAUGGUCUUGAUAAAUUAUCACUUGAAAUUAUUCGACCUAUGAAUGGGACGCUGAAGAAUUUGUGGUUGGACGGCAACAAAUUCGAGAGGUUUAAUUCACAGUGGCUAUUCCUUUUCAAGACUUUAAGCCACUUGAGAAUAGGGGAUAACCCAAUUCACUGUAACUGUGAGGCCAGGUGGUUGAAUGAGUUUUACCUCUCCAACUCGAGAAUAUUUGAGGGUGGCUCACCACCAUCGUGUAGGUCCCCGGUACGAUUAAGGGGGAAGCCAUUCAAUAAUUUACAAGAAGAUGAUUUCAAAUGCCAACUGCCUGUGUUUAAAAACGUAGAUGUUAUUUUUGAGCAUAACGUUGGUAAAAUGACUUGUCUCGCAAGCGGGGAUCCAGUGCCGACGAUAUAUUGGAUGAAGCCCGACGGCGAUUCUGAAGUGUUUAUUCCUAAAUCAGAGCAUUUAGCUAAAGAAAUGGAAGGUGUAAUGUAUGUUACACCGCCGGAAUCCAAUUCUAAAAAUAGAUACCAAUGCGUGGCUAAUAACCCGGCGGGAAAUGUUACUUUCUCAAUCAACGUUGCAUGGCCGGCCGUGCCAGAGUACCAGACGGACGUUGAUCAAACAGAUGUCGCUAUGAAUGACGUAUCACCAGAUAUAAAAGAAAUAGUUAUAGACAAAGGUGAAAAGAAGAAAAAAUAUGACGAGAUAAAAACUGAGACAAAAGAGUCUGUGGUAAAUACGAACUCAAGUAAAGUUUCUGCCAAUAACAUGCAGGCCGUGACGCAGAAAACUAAUAGUGCUGGUGUACAAUUUACCGCCGGCGACAUCGUCGGUGCUGUCGUCGGCACAUUUUUGAUAACAUUAUUAUUGUGUGUUAUUGUGUUCCAUAUUUUUUAUAGACAUAAAAGUAAAUCAGGGUAUUCAAACGCCCAUCAAAAUGGCAUCACAAUCCCGGACGUUCGGAGCGGUCCUCCGAGUCGAAAGGAGCUGGACGAGGUUGAACACACCAUGUUAGAAAGACGUAAAUUUGACAUCCAUGUGUAGCAUUGAGCAUUGUGUCGGUUGUGAAAAUAAAACUGAAAUAUUUUAUCAUCAAUUUGGCUCAAAGCACACCUGUCUAAACUUAAGGGUUCAUACACCGUUGUAAGAAAUCUGUAUUUAAAAUCACCUCUUUAAUAGAAAUCGUUUAAAAUUUCUUCGGGGUGGUAACGUAAUAUCGUGUUGCCAAAUUAGCUCAAAUGGAAUAAAGUGAUGCAGUGAUAAAAUACCCUAUUAUUAGAGGUAAAGAAGCUUCGGGUGGAUUAUAUUGAAUCUGUGCUGAUUUCAAAUACCCAUGGUGUUUAACAAUACGGGCUCUCUUUGAUAAGGUUUACGUUUGAGUGGAUUACUAAAUAAAACCAACAAAGGAAUGUUUAUAUUCAGUGAAGAAGUGAUGACAUUGCUGUCGGCCUUUAAACUAGCCCAGUAGCAAAGAUUUCUCUCCUUUUUCCUUAACGUGUUUUGACACAAAUAAUUAAGAUCACGGAGAUAAAGGGAAAAAAGUAAAAGUGGUCAUUAAAAGCUUCUUAAAUACUCCGGAAUGUGACAAAAAACAGGCCUUGUCUUUACAGAAAAUUACAGGCUUUUUUAAACUAGGGACUUUACAAGUAAUGCGUUUCGUCAUGAAAUAGUGGACAAUACAGUCAAUUGUAAUAAUCGUACCACAGAAAGGUCGAAAAGUAUUGGGUGCGAUAAUUACAUCGAUAUAUUUUUUUACCUCUUUCUCAGUGUUCUUCAAUUUUAUUUGUACAAUAAGACUUUGCGUGUUAAGAAUUUACGCCUUCCAGUGACAAUUCGUACACUUAAACCACAUCUUUAUUGUACUAAAUUAUUUUUCUGUCACGUUAUUUUGAAACUGUAAUUAUCAAAAUAAUGCCAGUUUUAACGAAAAAGCCUUAAAGCAAAAUUGUGAAAAUGCAUAAAUUUAUACCGAAUUCCGCAAAGAUCAAGAUUAAUUUGAAACAUGUUUCAAGUCACGGAAACUUAAAUUUAAUUGCAUUAAACGUGGAUAAGUAAUGAUCCGAUAAAUUCAAAUGCUUACUUUUUACAAAAAUCGUUUAAUAUCUUAAACUUGUAUGAUUUUAAGAUCAACUGAUAUUGACUACAGCGAGUAGUAUAAAAUAUUUAGAUUUUUGCUAUAAAAUACUGUUUGAUAAAGCUGAUACAGGUAAAUAUCCAAUGCAUCGUAUAUUAUAUUAUCAUUAUUUUAAAGUUUUGUAGUAUAAAUGAACAACAAAAACCUAAAUCUUGAUUGUGGGACGAAAUUUAAUAAUUUCAUUAAUUUUGACAGUUGAAUAGCCUUAAGGCCAUUUUGGUUAUCGAUACACUAGAUGUGUUGAAGAUAUAUAGGGACCUUUUUAUUCAGAACUAAUUGAUAUUUUUCAACAACAACAUUUUUAUUUUUCUUAUCGCGGGUUUUUAACAAUAACUGACUAAAAAGCGUCACUAAUUGAAACAUCAAAGGCUCGUCUCUUUGAAAAAUUUAAUUAUUUUUCCUACAAAAGGAAAGACGGCCAAUUAUUCGCUUUCGGUAGUUUUCAGUAUUUUUUGUACUUUUUUUUAAAAAGUGUCUUAAAAGUCGAUAAUUACAGGGUAAUGCGUUUUAAAUCGCAUUUGAAACUCCUGAAAUUUUAGACUGUAGGAAAUUUAGUAAAAAAAAAAUCAUUACGUUUACAAUUAAGUCUAGAAAAAAGUCAGUAUACGUUUCUUGAUGUAUUACAUUAAGAGGAAAGAAAAAGAAGACAAUAACGACCAUGUAUAUUGAUUGAACUUGGUGACCUAUAGUCACUUAAUUAUUCAUGAGUUUACAAGUUCAUCAACUUGGACAAUUAAUUUCUGAUGCUGAAUGCAAAUCUUUCUGCAUUAAAAUGUAGAUUUGGUCUGAUUUACGAUUUCGGUCAUGCACUGCAUAUGAAAAUAAGCGUCAGGUUGUCCACCACAAACAUUUCAAUGGCAGAUACACUAAUUGUAUAAGUAAGGCGCGUUUAUUACUUGCAGUAAAACUAUUGUUUUUGACAUGUCACGGCGACCAAUGUCAUUAAAUGUCUCCUUCAGAAAAUAAGUAGCGCUGAAUUUUUCGAUAUUUUUUUAUUACUACGUCUUUCGUCAGUUGCUCGUGUCAACGGAUCUAGUAAUAUAAAUACAUGAACAUUAAAGUUUAAUUAUUAACAACAUCGACAAGCUCCCCAGCCACCAUUAUAACCAUUACCAACAACAAACAAAAGCACCAACAAACGAAUUGAACUUAGAAACCUUUUUUAAGUGUAUCUGAUUUAGUAAAGUUUAUAUAUUGAUCUUUUUUCAAGUUUAUUUCUAAACUCGAGGCCUGCCCUUGAAUAAAACAUGAUUGUUCUGUCCAUAAAACUUAAUUUAAACAUCUGCCUUAAGGCCACUUCACUUACCUUAAUUACAAGUCAGUCUGUUGUUUUAAUUUACAUGAAUACAUAUGUUUUAAAUUUACAUGAAUACAUAUGUUUCAAGCAUUGAACCAGAAGAAAAUAAUCUUUGCUUCAACUGUUUCAGGGGAAACGUGCACUUUUAAUUUGAUGCUUAUAGGUUUGUUAUUAAGACCGACUUGUUGAGUUUAAUUUGUUUAGUGUUAAACUUUGAAUACCGAUUCAGCCGGUGCUAGGGGGCGUAGGAGAUGUUGAACUUUUAAUUAUCUCACAGACUCAAUAAAACCGGGUUCUGUCAAACACGUAUUAUCUUGAUGCAAGGUUAUAUUAAUAUAUAUUUUUUUCUGUUUUUUUUCUCUUUCCUUAUUUUUUUGCAAAAGUUUUUCUGUGAAUGUAAGGAACAUUAUUACUUUCAUUACUAUCGAAGCUCAUCCUUUUGUUUAAGUUUAUUUAACUUUUUUGGGAUUAGCGUUAAUCUAUAUCUUAAUUUGAAUAAAUCAAAGAUAACAAUCUUAAAGAAUUUACCUAUCUACCUUCUGCUAUUUUUUUGUUUUCGAAGGUAGAUUUGAUAAUCUAUUGGUUAUCUACAUUUAGAUAAUUUGACAUAAAUGCAAGAGUUAGAUUUGUUUUGACAGGUCGAUAUUUCUAAAGUGAUGUUUAUGUUCCGCGUUCCCAGUAUCUAUUUUUAGCGCCUCUCUCGUAUCUUAAGCGGUUCAUCUUGGGUGGAUUUUUUUUCACCCAGAUUUUUUUCGUAUCAUAAUUUGGCACCAUAAAGUCUGUUAUGUUUACACUAUGGUUUGAUUAAAACUACAAUUGUUUUCAUAACGCAUUUUCACAGCUGUGUGGCAACAACAAAAAUAUGUGUCGAUAUGAAAACAAAAGCGCGAGUAAACAAAUCUAACACUGUUUUAUCCUAAUUUUUGCUGUAAAGUAGCACCUUUCUGUCUAUAAGAUUUUAAUAACAGAUAUUUAGAAUGAAUUUCUGAUUGUUUUUAUCUAAGCGAUACGAGCAUAUCACUGUUAUGGCGUCAAUGCUCUUGAAAAUAGAAAUUAUCGAAAUGUUUCAUUACAAAUGAUUAGUAAUGGCGUAACAGCUUGCGUUUGCAUUUAUAAUACCUUUAUAAUGGGAAAUCCAUACGCCAGAAUACGUAAUUGUUUGCAAAAAAAAUUACGCAAAUGACGCAAUUUUAUUCGAAAAAAAUAUUACUCCAGGAACGCUUGUUCCAGAGUUCCUGAAGAUAGAACCCUUUUCUCUACUCAAGAGUUUCUUGAAGCAUUGCUCUUAUUUUUUUCAUCAUAAAAUUUUUAUCGUAGGUAGAUUAAUGUUCACAUAGAUAAAAUACUAAGUGGCAAGAUAUUAUACAGUAUAAAUAAUAUAUAGCAUACAAUAUAAAUUGUGUAUCACAUGUAUACAUGGCUUGAAACCAUUUUGGAUUCGUGUUUCACAACAAUUUAUAGAGAAAUACAACGUUAUCUGUAAUAUAUAGGGUAUUUUUUUCACGCAUAACAGCAACUGACAAUUAAAAGAUGAAAGCAUCUGCCAAUCGUGAUCAAUUCAAUGAUAAUCCGUAUUGUUAAACGCUUGAUUUGGUUUGAAAAGCAUGACAGCGUUCAUUGUUCACAACUGCGCAUCAUUGAUGGGGUAUUUUAUCUAGGGCUAUAAUUUUGUUAGAUACUGAAUUUUCAUAGCAUCGCUCAAAUUAUUUGAAUGUGACCGUGGUUUUGAUUGGCUCAUAAGAUGUUUUAUUUAAUGACGUUAGAUAGACAAUGGCGACACUGACACUGUUACUGAAUUUGUGUCUUUUCCCUUUUUUAAGUCUAAGAAGUAUAAGUAUUUAAGACCAGUUAAAAAUAACAGUUUUCUAAAAAUCUAUACAAAUGGUACAUUUUUACUCAAUCUAAAUGCAAAAUAUUUAUGAAAAUGUUAAAAGGGAUCCACAAACCGUCCGGAUUUUUUUCACUCGAAAUAAACUUAAGAUGUUUUACAACAGCAUUAUGGCAUUGUUUGCCCGUUUUUAAACCACGAUAAAAGUUUUGUCAUUUCUCAAUGUUAUGAACAUUUGAGCCGUGUCACGACAAAACCAAC